UCCGGUCUUAUCGGUUCAAUAUAUAGGUACGUUUAAUAUUGGCGUCGGCACAAUUAUAUAUAAGUGAAACCCUUCCUCUCAUGCCGCAAUUUCCUACAACCACCCUUUUUUUUACCGCCAAUUUCGCACCCCCACUAUCUAUUCCUCGAAUGCAAUAUACAAGAGCUUCGCAAAAAUCAAUACUUAGCCAUAAGCAACAAUGUCUUUCAAGAAUCCGUCACCGCCGAGUUCUCAACAGCAACUGCACGAUCUCAAACAACGCAUUUUCACUUGCCUCAACAAGCUCGCUGAUCGCGACACUCUGGCACUCGCUUCGGCUGAGCUCGAGUCCAUCGCUCGAAACCUCACCGCCGAUUGCAUCUCUCCGUUCCUUAACUGCCUUCACAACACCGACGCUUCGGCCAAGGCUCCGGUUCGGAGGCAAUGCGUUAUCCUUUUGACUUUGAUGUCUCACUCGCACGGUAAAAUCCUAUCUCCUCACCUUUCUAAGAUGAUUUCCACCCUCGCCCGCCGGCUCCACGAUCCCGACUCCGCCGUCCGAUCCGCUUGCGUUGAGGCGACAACCGCAAUGUCGUCUCACAUCACGAAGCCUCCGUUUUCGGUUCUGUCGAAGCCUUUGAUAGAAAUGCUCGUGGUGGAGCAAAACGUUAACUCGCAGAUCGGAGCGGCGAUGUGUUUGUCGGCAGCAAUUGAGGCGGCUCCGGAUCCCGAGACGGAGCAGCUUCAGAAGGUGUUGCCGAAGUUGGGGAGGUUAUUGAGGAGCGAAAGUUUCAAAGCGAAAGCGGCUGUGUUCGGAGUUAUUGGAAGCAUUGCUAGCGUUGGCGGUGCCGGAAGUAAAGGUGUCUUGGAUUGGUUAGUGCCUUGCGCGGUUGAGUCUUUGAGCAACGAAGAUUGGGGAACGAGAAAGGCGGCGGCUGAGGCGUUAGGGACAGUGGCUAUGGCGGAGAAAGAGCUAGCGACGGAGUAUAAAGCGGUGUGUGUGACUGCUCUUGAGAACAAGAGGUUUGAUAAGGUUAAGAUUGUCCGGGAAACUAUGAAUCGUAGUUUGGAUUUGUGGAAGGAUGUCUCUGAAGUUUAUGAAGAGGCCUCAACGUCCGACUCAUCUUUAGUAGAUAAUGGUAGCGUUGGAUGCUUUCCUUCAGUUGCAAAAAAUAUCAAUUAUGUUGGUUUUAGAACUCCUCAAUCAAAGGAAGUAGUCCCCACGAGCAGGUCCCCUCCAUCUGAUGCUUCCAAUGCGUCCGCUGCGAAGAAAGAGACUCCAAUGAAGAGUAACAAUAGGAAUGGUAACUCGUCGAUUUUUGGUAAGCUGGACCGCUCUAAAUCGUCUAAUUGGAAGAUUGAAAUCUCCGAGCAGAAAUCUCCAUUUUCAUAUGAUGACAAUAUCAAAAAGUGUGUACCCUUUGUCAAGGUCCAUGAUGAGAAAGUAAAGAAUUUUGGUGGUUUGAGAUCAGAGUCUCGGGUGAUUCCUUUUCAUGAUAAUGAGAACUUAGAUGUUGGUGGCGGGAAUGCAUUUCUAGAUGUUGGCCAGAAUCUCAAAGACAUGGAGGAUCUGUCUUUGAUCCGUGAACAACUUGCUCAGAUUGAAGACCAGCAAUCCAAUCUAUUGAACCUCCUCCAGAAAUUCAUUGGGAGCUCCCAAAGUGGGAUCAAUUCUCUAGAGACACGAGUAAAUGGUCUGGAGAUGGCUCUAGAUGAAAUAUCGUAUGAUUUGGCUAUUUCAAGUGGUAGGAUUCCAACCACGGAUUCCCCAGAUAACACAUGUUGCAAGCUGCCUGGUGCAGAAUUUUUGAGUCCCAAGUUCUGGAGGAAAAGCGAAGGUCGAUUUUCUACUUCAAGGUUAUCUUCUACAGAGCGCAGGCUUUCACUAAAUGCAAUACAUAUCACACCUGAUAAAGAUUCCGGCGGUGAAACGUAUAAUCCAUCAUUUAGCCAAAGAUAUAAGAUUCAAUGUAGGAGUGGAUUUGUUAUGAACUCAGUGGCCGAUGCUGGCAGUGAUACAAGAGAUAAUUCAGGGUUCUUAAUUAGAACAUCAAAGAAUUACAUUCAAAACGCAGAGAGGUUCCAGUUUGGCAAUGGUAGUGCUUCCGAUGGGACUCCACCGGUUCGUUGUGGCAACAGAUAUUCAGCUUAACAGGAGCUUGAAGAAGCAGACAAGCGCCUUGGAAAAAUCGAGGUUGAAAAUGAAAUGACAGGAUGAAAUCGUGGAUGAAACUGAUGAUGAGGUGCCAGCAUUUUGGCUUUAUACACGGGGUUGUAGGUUUUUGGUUUUAAUUCCAUCAGUAAAUUAACUGCAAUACCAAUGGCUUUUUUGUCAACAGGGUCCUUGCCCCCCUCACAGCCACUGAUUGGUUUUGCAACAGAGAGGCCUCAUCUAGUCUCCCUGCAUCUCGUUGUAUCUUUCUUUCUUGAUGCCAGUUCUUGCGUACCGCAUUAUAAAUAUUCAAUCUUAGGCCAUGAAGUCAAAAUU